UCAACAUCCUGUCCGCUGAAGUUAGCAGAACUGAAGCAUCAAGUUUCUUGACUCACCAUAGCAGAUUAAAAUGGGGUAUCUGAAACAGAUUGACAUUGAAAACUUUAAGUCAUGGCGAGGGAAACAGGUCAUCGGCCCGUUCCUGCGAUUUAAUUGUGUAAUUGGCACAAAUGGCUCCGGCAAGUCCAAUUUAAUGGAUGCCGUGAGCUUCGCCGUUGGGGAGCGGGUCGCCAGUCUCCGGGUGAAGCGCCUCCGGGACCUGAUACACGGAGCUCACAUCGGGCAGCCGGUGCCGGACACCGCCCGCGUCUCCAUGCGGUACUGCGACGACGACGACCAGGAGACCGUCUUCUGCCGGAGCAUUUUGGGUGACAACUCUGAGUAUCGCAUCAAUGGUAUACAUGUUACUCUGGCCAAAUACAUGGAGGAGCUGGAGAAGAUUGGCAUUGUGACCAAAGCUCGAAACUGUCUGGUGUACCAGGGGGCAGUGGAGUCCAUAGCUUUGAACGACCCGAAAGAGAGGACCAAGAUGUUGGAGUGCAUUUGUCAGUCGAAAGAGUAUGCUGUAGAGUAUGACGUGAAGAAAAAGGCCCUGCUGAAUGCCAAAGAGGACACACAGUUUCACUUCAACAAGAAGAAAUCUGCUAUUGUCGAGAGGAAACAGGUGUCUCAGGAAAAAGUAGAGGCCCAGAGGUACCAGGUGCUGGUGGAUGACCUUCACCAAAAGCGGCUGAAGCUGAGCCUGGCUGAGCUCUACUAUAAUGAAAAGAGCAUCAGCACCCUCAGAGACACCCUGAGGGAGAAACAACAGGCAGCAACUGUCCAGAACCAUAAACUAGUGAAAGGGGAGCAGACGGUCAAAACCAACAAGAAGGAACAUGGACGCCUCACCAGAGAGAAGCAGCAAAUAGAGAAGGAGAUCCGUGCCCAGGAACAUAUGCAGUCCCAGUGUCAGACCCAGUACAUCAAAGCCAAGGUAAACACCUCCCAUCACAUGAAGAAGGCUGAGGAGGCCCGUAAUGCUCUGAAGAAGAAUCAGAAGCUGAUGGCUAUUAAACAGCAGGAGCUGGCAGAGGGACAGCGAGAGAUCGCUGAGCUAGAGAGAACCUGGAGAAGCUUUGAAAAGCAGGUACAGGAGAAGGGUGCCUCCCGUGGGAGAGACAUCCAACUGGAUGAGGAUCAGCUAGAGCGAUACAAAGAGCUGAAGGAGCUGGCCCGAAAACAGGGCGCCGUCCUUAGCCAGCAGGCAGAGAAACUGCAGUGGGGGGUGAGAACCGACUAUGAGAAGAUUUCUUUCGACCAGCGCAGAAAGAUGGAAGUGGAGGCUGCCGUCAGGAACAGUCGGUCUCAGCUGGAAGAUUUGAUAAGCAGAGCAGAGAAGCUAGAGGAGUACACCAACAAAUGCAACUCAACCCUUGAAGAAUGCUGUCAGCGGGAGGAGAGCUUGAGUGCAGAGCUGCAGCAGGGCCGCCAGCGCAGCCAGGAGGUGAACCAGGAGCUGGGCCAGGUGCUAGAGGAGCUGGGGAACGCCCGUCUGGACAGCCAGGAGAGCAGAAGCCAGCUGCAGCGCAAAGAAAUGCUAGAGAAGCUCUGCAGACUCUACCCUGAAACUGUGUAUGGUCGUCUGGUUGACCUCUGCAGCCCCAUCCAUAAGAAGUACCAGCUGGCUGUUAUCAAGGUGUUUGGUCCCUACAUGAACGCCAUUGUAGUAGCCACGGAGAAGGUGGCCCGCGACUGUAUCUGUUUCAUCAAGGAGGAACGAGCCGACCGCGAGACCUUCCUGCCCAUCAACUACUUGGAUGUGAGUCCUCUGAAUGAGCGACUGAGGGAGUUGCCCGCUGCCAAGAUGGUGGUAGAUGUUGUUCAAGUUAACAGCGGCCCAGGUGCUGCUCAGCUGAGGAAAGUGGUGCAGUUUGUCUGUGGCAAUGCCUUGGUGUGUGAGACCCUCAAAGAAGCAAGGAGUAUGGCCUUCGACAGGCAGCCGCGCAUUAAGACAGUAUCUCUGGACGGGACGCUGUUUUCAAAGUCAGGCGUGAUCUCUGGAGGCUCCAGUGACUUGCGGACCAAAGCUCGUUGCUGGGACGAGAAGGACAUGAAGCGGCUUAAGGAACGCAAGGACCAGCUGACAGCAGAGUUGCGCGAUUUGAUGAGGCUGAAGCGGAAGGAGGCUGACCUGAGUCAGAUCAUUGCUCAGGGUCAGGGUGCAAAGACCCGCCUCAAAUACUCCAAAACUGAGCUGGAAAACCUUCGCAAGAAAAACAUCCUUAAAUGCCAAGCGGAGAUUUCUCGUAUGGAGAGUGAAUUAGCAAACCUAGACUCUCAGAUCCAGAUGCAGCAGGAGAGUGUGGAGGUGAAGGAUGCAGAGAUGAGGAAGAUAAGAGACCAGAUCGACCAGGCUGGAGUUUGAGAGUCAGUGCGCUCACUUGAAUGCAAAUCUGGAGUACGAGCAAAACCAACUGGAGCAGCAGAAAAGGAAGCUCUGCAAAAUGGAGGAAACCAUUGACAAGGAGGAGAAAAUCAUUGCUGUGCAGAAGAAGGAGGAGGAGAAGCUGCUGGAGGCGGUGGAGGAGAGUCAGAACAAACUGUUGGAGCUGAACAACCAGCUGCUGUCUAAGAAGAGCCAGGUGACUGCUGCCAAAGCUGAGCUGGACCAGGAAAUUCAGAGCGUCCAAGAAAUAAACAAAGAGUUUUUGAAACUUCAGCAAAAGGUGGCGUCUGCAGAGGCGGCUUUGGAGCAGAAACGCAUGGCCAGACACAACUUACUGUUGGCCUGCAAGAUCCAGAGUCUGCCCAUCACUCUGCUGUCAGGAAACCUGAAUGAAAUCAGUGAGGUGCAGAUUGACACAGAAUCUGAAAGCACUUCAGCCACCAUGGACAUCUACGAGAGAGAGGCACAACUUAUCAUCGACUACUCCGACCUGGAGGCAGAAAUCAGAAGUCUACAGGCAGAGGAGGAAAUGGACGCCUACUUGGAGAGACUGAAAGAGUCACUGUCCUCUAUAGAGGGAGUACUGCAUCGCACCACUGCCCCUAACCUGAAAGCUCUGGAGAAGAUGAGGGAGGUGAAGGACAAGUUACAGGGAGUGACAGAAGCCUUUGAUGCCAGCACCCGAGCAGCCAGAAAAUGCAAUCAGGAGUUUGAACGAAUCAAAUCCCAGCGCCUCCACCUCUUCAACAAGUGCUUUGAACACGUGUCCGUCGUAAUCAAUGAGAUCUAUAAAAGAAUGUGCAGGAACAGCAGUGCCCAGGCCAUUCUGACCGCAGAGAAUCCAGACGAGCCGUACCUCGGCGGCAUCAACUACAGCUGCGUGGCGCCAGGGAAACGCUACAUGUCUAUGGACAAUCUGUCGGGUGGAGAAAAGGCCAUCGCUGCCCUGGCCAUGGUGUUUGCCAUCCACAGCUUCCGCCCUGCUCCCUUCCUCAUCUUGGACGAGGUAGAUGCUGCCCUGGACAACACUAACAUUGGCAAGGUGACCAGUUACAUCAGAGAUGAGUCCAGGGACAACAUGCAGAUCAUUGUCAUCUCCCUGAAGGAGGAGUUUUACUCUAAGGCUGAGGCUUUGCUGGGAGUUUACUCACAUUUUGAUGAAUGCAUGUUCAGCCGCAUUCUGACCCUGGACCUGCGACCCUACCCUCUGCUUGAAGAGGACAAUGGGAAACCAGUAGACAAGUAGAAGACGGGAUUCAUGUAGCGUUGAAUCAACUGCAUGACCCCUCUGCAUGUGUGUCUCUUACACUUUUGUUCAUUGACUGUAUCAGUGGUUCUGUGUUUUCAUCUUUUGACAAGGUGUACAGAUAAAUAAGUUGAUCUUAAACACCAAAUGAUCAUUUCUGUGUUCAGUUGAGGCUUUUACUGAAGUAUUUUGUAAUUCAUGGGAGUGGUUUCCUGGCCUAACAGGUAAAGCCUCUAUAUAUUUAGCCUUUACUGGAUAAGUGAGACAGUCGAGGAUGUGGUUCUGUGUUUAUAUUCCCCUACAUGUGAAAAUGUGGUCGACAACAAGACCCACAAAUAUGGCCUUAAAUACAUCGAUGCUGCUCUUAUGGAUUACAACAUUUAAGUGGUUAGAUAUCAAAUACAACAUUAAAAGAGAGCUUGGUUCAGGUUUCUAAAAUGUUCUUGUUUAUCCUUCAGGAUGUCCAGUGUUAUUCAAAGCUGAUGAAUGUUGAGUGUAUUACUAACUUGUUUUUUUUUAUCAUUUUGUAGUUAGGUUAUGCUUACCAGAUUUAAAGUUACAUUCAAUCUACAGAA